AUGGAUGAACAUUCAACCCAUAUCCACAAUCUUUUAUUAAAUUCGCUUUCGGCCGCUCAGGAUGUUCGAAAGGAGGCGGAGAAAAAACUGCAGGAAUACUCGCAUCACGAUGGAUUCCUUUCUGUGCUUCUGGGGUUGAUCUUCUUUAAAAAUGCCAUCAUCAAGGCAUUUCCAUCGUAUCCGGCGUAUCAAGAGAAGAAGCCCGAUGUUGCGUGUUCGCUUAGCGCGAGUGAAGUCCAAUACAUUAGAGCCAAUAUCACGCAGGCUUACGUUUCAUGCAGCUCCAACCAUAGAAAGCUUCUUCUCCCGUGUUUUUCCAAAUUGAUCCAGGAAGAUUUCUUGACCUCAUGGCCAGAGCUGUUGCCGCAGCUUUUCCAUUCAUUGCAAUCGGUGUCGGAUUUGCAUUACCUGAUGGGCAUCAUUGAUGUCCUGCGUGUUGCGAUUGAUGCCGAAAAUACGUCGUCAAAGUCGCAGAAUCAUCCCAUUUUCCUUACGGGCUUCCCAUUGCUGCUGAAUUAUGUGCUGCCUAAAGAUCUGCAAGCAGAAUCUGCCAUCGAUCCAUGGAUCAGCAUUUGCGUUCACAUCUUACUGAUGCCCAUUCCAAACACAGAGUCUAUUUACCAUCCAGACCAAACCGAACUGUGUCCAUUCUUCAGCAUGAAAAAGUGGGCGCUACACAUCACCAUUCGUAUGUCAUCGCGUUAUGGAUUGGACGAGCAAAACAAAUUUCGCACCAAAACUUAUUCCCACUUUUCGUCUCUUUAUAUGUCCAAGUUUGCCAUCCCCACUUUGGAUGUGAUUCUGUCUCUUAUUGAGGGCGUUUGCUCAAACAAGCCAGAACUAUCUUUGCCCCCAAGACUGGUCACCCUCAUUUGCGACUAUUUGGAUUCUGCCCUUCUUUCAAAUAAGCUCUGGAAGCGAAUUAAGCUGCAUAUCGAGCCGAUCAUGAAGCUAUUCAUAUUUCCAAGACUGUGCUACACCGAAGAGGAUGAGCGAAUCUGGGCCGAAGAUCCAUACGAAUACAUCCAUAAAAGAUUGGAUCCCUUUGAAGACUUGGAAAGCGUUUCAUGGGCUGCUUCCAACUUGCUCGGCACCAUGGUUAAAAAGAGAAAAAAGUCGGUUUUCCUUUCGUUGUUGAAAUUCAUCAACGAAAUUUUUGUCGGGUUUUCUACCUCGACAUCUCCUUAUUAUAAUAACGUUCGUGCAAAUGAAGGAGCCCUGAUGGUGGUCGGAACCAUAUCAUCCACAAUCUUGGCUGCUCCCGAGCUUAAAGGGCAAACAGAGUCGCUUAUCAUGAGUGCAGUGCUGCCAGACAUGAGUUCGGACUCGCCAUUUUUGCGGGCCAGAGCAUGCUGGGUCAUUCAAAACUAUGAGGAUCUUCGAUACUCUACAAUCGACAAUGUGCUGGCAAUCUUUCAGGGCAUUCUUCGGUGCCUUGGCGAUGUUGCCCCAGAAAAUCUCCCCAUACGUAUACAGGCAGCAUUGGCGUUGGGAAUCUUUUUGCAAUUUGAAGAGGUUACGCCCCUGAUGACGGCAAACCUUGCACCGAUUGUGCAAAACCUACUGGACCUUACCAACCAAAGCGAUAUAGACUCGCUCUCCUAUGUGCUUGAAAAGUUGGUUUCCUUAUAUUCGGUGGAGCUGACUCCGUUUUCACUGCAGCUUACUCAGCAGCUUUGCUUGACCCUUAUGCGUCUCAUCAGCCAUCCAAAGGUCAUUCAAUCGUUUUCGGUCAGCGAAGAGUCGCCUGCCACCGGCUCUAUCGAUGAGAACGACGAAGAAUUCAACAUCGUUACCGACAAAACGAUGACUGCAAUGGGGCUGCUCAAAACGAUAACCACCCUUGUGGUUUCGCUAACCGAGCAAAUGGAGGCCUUUUUUUACGAGCCAAUUUCGCAUGUGCUGCGUUACAAAAUAUCGGAUCUGUAUGAAGACAUUUUAGAGCUGAUUGACUCGGUUACUUUUGCACGCAAGGCAAUUUCUCAGCAAAUGUGGACCACCGUUUUCCCGGUGUUGUACGAAUACUAUCUCAAUGGCACGAUGGGCGAAUAUUUGGGCGAUCUGCUUCCUUGCUUCGACAACAUCAUCUCAUAUGGGCAUGCUUUGGUUUCCAGCAACCUGCAAAUACAAGCAAUGUUCACCUCCAUCAUCGAUAAGGCCAUGAAAAGCACCGAGUAUGAAGAUGACGAUCGCAUCUGCGGAUGCCAAAUCAUGGAGUCCAUGCUGCUGUGCUGCAGAGGAUCUAUUGACCAGUUGAUUCCAGGGUUUAUUAGCAUUUCGUUAGAAAACUUUCGCAAAUACAAGAGCAAACGCAGCAUCGUUCAUCAUAUGGAGGUGAUUCUCAACUGCAUCAUCUACGACACCAUGCUGACUUUGAACGUAUUUUCUGCAAACUCGGCAGCACUCCCAUCCCUGAUAGACAUUCUUUCGUACAUUUGUGCAAGCAAAGCAGCAUUCAAUAGAGUCCACGACAAACGACUUGUUGUCAUUGCCAUGAACCAGCUUUUACGAUGCAAUGUAGACCUUUCGCCAAUUUUCCCGCUUAUCUUUACCCUGCUCCAGGAUGCAUUCGAAACGCUCCCAAAAAGCCUGGAAAAUAGACGCUUAUUGGAGCACCAUGCAGAAAAUGGCGAUGAUGAUUCCAACGAGGAAGAAUACUAUUCCGAUUCGUAUGAGGAUAAGGAGCUGUCCGACGACGACGAAGCGCAUUCCCAGUUUUCCCAGGAAAAGGAGCUGCAAGCGGAGCCCCCAGAAGAGAACGUAGACGAUGCACAUGAGGAUUCGGAAUGGGAAGAGAGCGAUCUUGAAGAAGAGCUUUACUACGAAACGCCGCUGGACGGUGUCAAUUUGUACGAUGUAGCGGUUUCCACCAUUUCAGGUAUUCGUGGCGUUUGGAUUGACUUUAGAAUUGCCCGGACUAAACUCCUUGAACCAACUAGCCUGGAGCUGUUUUCAAUUUCGCCUUUGUGCUCCGUAAAAUCCGGCGCCUCUGUGAAUUGUCAAUUGAUAUCAUUUAGUCCACAUUUGCAUACAACUCACACAGAGGUGAUUUCACACAUCCUACCAGAUCCGGAGGAGUACAUGGCUCGUACCAAUUGGAUAGACACCGCUAUCCCAAAGGAAAAGAUCCCGGCGAUAUUUCUGAGGCUAACGCCGUCAAGUGCUGGACCCGAAGGCGACCUUGUACUUGGACCAGACGACAUCCCCUUUGAUGAACAUACGGGACCCGCUGGUGAUAAUGAUUGUGAUGAUGAUGGUGAUGCAAAUCCUGCUAGCCAGGAAAAUAUGCCAGGGAGCGACCCGGCACAGGCAGUCAUCAUUGCACUGUAUCCAGAUGGUUCUUAUCCCAAAGACAAACCGCAAAGAUAUUUCUCUGCGGAGUCUAUCAAAAAAAUACUGGCCCUUUUCCCACGUGUAAAAUGUCUGCUGACAGAUGCCCCUUCUAUGGAUAGGGCAUGCAACGGUGGAAUCCUUGCGAGCCAUGAGGCGUUUUGGGCCGGGCGCCAGGACAGAACAAUAACGGAGCUGUGUCAUCUCCAGAGUCUGCCCUUUGCAAGCGGCACUAGAGGCAUGCUCCAAAUCCAGGUACUGCCCAUUUAUGACGGAGCUGACGCAGUGCCAACCCGUCCACUUUUUCACUGCAAAUAA